UCUUCCUGUUUCGAGAAUCGGAUUAGGAGGACAUGAAGAAGCCAGUCUGCUCUCUGUAAGUGUUUCUGCCCGUCACUCGCGUCCAUCAGCAUGAGUUUAAAACGCCUCGGCUUAUACACCCACAGAUGCAGCUUGGCCCUGGUCAUGAUCUUGGUGCUGGUAACAGCUACAACUGAUGUCAGCGGUCCACCGGUGAACAUCACUGCUGUUUUGGGUCACACCGCUACAUUUAAAUGCCCCUGGGACUCCAGCUUUUCUGCUACACGCUUGUACAUACAGAGAGUUGUUAAUGGAGGCAGUUCAGAGAUAUUCAUCAACGGUUUUGAUUCAAACAAAAAAUCUGAAAUGCAAUUAUAUUCUAGUCCCAAGUACCUGAACAGAACCAAAGUGAACCGAACAGACCUCAGCAUGGAGAUGACAGAUGUCUCCGUUUCUGACGAAGGAUUGUACAAAUGUUAUAUUUUUUAUGGCAAAGUGGAAAAUCCUACUGUCUCAAAGCCUAUCCCCGAGAUCUAUCUCAAAGUCACAGCCAAAUACAGCGUUCCCACAAUCGAGAAGGAGUGCACUGAACGUAAGAGCGGUGAUGCUGGGAAAAGCUGCCAGCUGAGUUGCUCGUCGACCGGAGGUUACCCGCAAAGUGCCGUGAAGUGGGCGGAGCUUAACCUCAGUCUGAUAAGUGUCAUUCACAACGAGAGUUCAGAAGAUCUGUCCUCCAAAACAUGGACCGUCAACCAAACCAUCACGUACAACUGCGACCAUCCAACCAAUGUCAGCUGUGCCGUAGAUGACGCUGUCUCCCCCACCAUCACCAUAUGCGAAACAGAAUCGUUUUCGGUUAAGGUGAUCGCAGCUAUUGUGUUCGUGCUUGUGUUUGUCCCGCUGUUACUUCUUGUCCUCUUGGUGAUGAAGCACUGCUAUCAAAGAUGUCGAACAGAGGAUCAAGGUGACCCUGAAAAUGCUGACGUCGCAUUAGCGUAGCGACUGCCAUUCACAGCUUAAGAGCGUCUGAGACGUGAGGACUAAACAUUAAGGAGACGUGACAAGAUUUUCCGCCAUUGUGGAAGCGCUUCAACUCCCAGACGGACCAAAGGGCCGAUUAUCCAGCUGAACGUUGUGUCUUUAAAGUGGCUGAAUUUGCCAGCAGGUCCUGGCACAUUUGAACAAGCUUUUGAGAGUGUCCCCUUCCUUUACCCAGUCAUUCAUUUGGAAAAGCACAUCAUUUCCUCUGCGUCCUGAAGCAACAGUGAGUUUGCUUUUAUCACAGAGACGUUCAGCCGGAGAAGAGUGAUUCAGAACGGUGCUUAUAAAACAAAUCUAACUUUUACAGAAAAGUUUAAUGGCUAAAAAUUGCGCUAUAUACUCCAUAAUGUCCUGUAUAAACAUAGUAUUUCAAACUGUGCCACUUUAUUCCAAGGAAUGGGAAUUGUAAAGUUCAGACUUUAAAGGCUGAACUGAAGUAAAUAGUCUGAGGCCAGUUGUAUGGUUGACAGUUGUUCAUGUUCAUUUAAGAAUAUGUUAUUGAAAUGGUCUUUACACUGUUCAUUCUGAAGGGACAUUUCAUUUGCUUUUAGAAGCUGAUUCAUUGAAGCUUUAUUUUUUUUAAAGCCAGUUCUCAAGAGACGAGCUCACGAAACAUAAUUCAUGCAAUCAUAUACUGCAACUGUUACACGAUUAUGCUGGCCGUUUACUGUCGCAUUACAGUAAUAUGUCUGUUCAUGUGUCCGGUACUGACUUUUAUGCUUUUCUGCACCACCUCACUGACACUUACUGACAUUUAUGCAGCGUUCAAAAAUACUUGUUAUGGUAAAACUGUUCUCAGGGUGAGAGUAUUUAAAUGUUCUAUUAAAAUGAAAUCUGUUUCUUAUGGAAA